UCUGUGUGACUCAGCAGGCCGGGACCUCUUCGUCCCAUCCAGUAUGAAGGCUCUCAUGCUAGCCAUUGGGGGCUGCGGUUCCCUGACGCUACUGUGUCUUAUCCUGCUGCAGGUGUCUGGAGUGGUCGCGAAGGGGAGGGAAGGCAAACCGUGUCAAGAUAUUGGAGGACAGUGUAGUAACAACUCAGUGUGCUCUGUUCUCUCUGUUCCUUCUUCGGGUUGUCCCGCUGAACGACCUUACUGCUGCGGCUCUCCUCGAAAAGAAACGCGAAAAAAGACCAAUAGACAAAAGAAAAAGGACAAGAAAAUCGCUUGGCGAAAAUUAAUUAACAAAAAAGGCAAAAAUAAGAAACAAAAAAGUAAUAAAAACACUACAAAGAAAUCAAACAAGAGGAACAAAGUAAAACGUGGAAAGAGGGUAAGAGGACAUAAGUCAAGCACUGCAUAUAACAAACACAAGAAAGAUUUUUUUGGUAAAAAGCGGGCUCUCCAUAAUGACAGAAUGACUAAAACUUCUAGCAAGAAACAAGGUAAGAAAGCGAAACGUAAGCAAAAAUACUUCGAAAAUUCUAGAAGGAAAAAGAAAACAAAGAAAAGAGUAAAGAAAAGGAGACAUGACAAACCAGGUUAUCGUAAAGGCAAACGUAAGCAAAAGAAGAAAGCCGUUGCAGGAGUUAAAAUGAAUAAUAAUAAAACAAAUGGAAAGAAUAAAGCUAUGACACAAAGCAAAAAAAAUAAAAAGAAAAAGAUCAAAAGUUUAAAGAAGAAGCGUAACAAACCAGGCAAUCGCGACAAGAAACGUAAACAAAAGAAGAAAAUAAUGAAAGGAAACAAAAAAAACACUGCAAUGAACGGGAAGAAAAGUACAACUAAGAAGAUAUCUACCCAAAAUCCUAAGAAAAAAAAGAGCAAGAAUAAGAAUAUGAAAAAACAAAACAUCAAAAGGAAAUUGAGGAAAGUCAAGAAGAUGGACAAAGGUGAAGAACGAUGGGGAAAAAAGAAAAAGAAAUGCAAGAAAAUGAAAAAGUGUCUCAGAGUCGGAGGAGUCUGCAAGAAAUGGGGCAAAUGCAAAGGAAAGGUGAUAGACGGAAAGUGUGGAAAGAAAAAGACGUGCGAAUGUUGCGUCAAAAAGAAAAAGAAAAAGGGGUGUAAGUCAAGUACUAACAAAAGAUGCAAAAAAAAAGGAGGGAAGUGCAAGAAGAAAUGUAAAAAAAAGGAAGGUCGAGUCAAGAAAGGAUGCAACAAGAAAAAGUGCAAAUGUUGUGCCAAGUGUCCCAAGACUUGCCAUUACGGACUCGGCCACUGCGUAGCUAAGGAACGACAUUGUCAUCAUGGUUUGAUCUUCGGCAAAUGUCACCAUAGUCCAUGUUUUUGCUGUGUCAAAGGUGUCAGGAGUGGUCGCAAAGGAAAGGGAAGGAAACGCAUGUCAAGAUGUUGGAGGACAGUGUAGCAGCAACUCAGAGUGUUCUGUUCUCUCUGCUUCAUCCUCUGACUGUCCCGUAAAUCAGCCCUACUGUUGCAGUUAUCUUCGAAAAGAAACGCAAAAAAAUGUUAAUGGGAAAAGAAAUGUGAACAAAAAAAUAGCUAGACGGAAAUUGAUUAAGAAAGAAGACAAAAUAGAGAGAAAGAAAAUUAGUAAAACUCAUGGAAAGAAAUCAAACAAGAGGAAUAACGAUAAACGUGAGAAGAUAAAGUAUGAGUCAAGCACUGGAUAUAACUCGCAGAAUAAAGUUGCUUUGGCUAAAAAGCGUGCUUUUCCUAAUGACAGAAUGACGAAAACUUCUAGCAAAAACAAGGCAAGAAAGCUAAACGUAAACAAAAACUCAUCGAAAAUUCGGAAAGGAAAAGAAAGACAAGGAAAGGUGCAAAGAAAAGGCGUGGCAUACCAAGAUAUCGUAAAACCAAACGGAAGCAAAAGAAGAAAGCUAUUGAAGGAGCAAAAAACGAAAAUAAUGAAACAAAGGCAAAAAAUAUUGAUAAAACACCAAACAGAGAAAAUAAAAAUAAUAGCAACAAAAUUUUAAAGAGGAAAGACAAGACACGAAAAAGAUUCCUGAAAAAGAAGACAAUGAAGUUUCUCAAACUAGAUCAAGGUAGUAAAAAUCCCACGGAAAACAGGAAAGUGUCUGAAAAGGUAGAAAUUAUGAAAGUUAAAGGUGAAAUACAACCAACAAAGGAGAGCAAGAAAGAAGAAAAACGAAAGAAGAACAACGACAAAAGAAAGAAUGAAAACGUGAUAAAGACUCGAAAAAUUUCCCGAAAAAGAAGACGAAAAAGAAUCUCAAACCAGAUCAACGCAAUAAACACCCCAAGAAAAACAAGAAAAUCUCUGAAAAAAUAGAAAUCAUGAAAAAUAAGGAUGAAAUACAACCAGACAGGAAGAAAAAGAGUGAUGGAACACAAAAGAAGAACAAUUACAAAAACGAGACUAGAAAUGUAAGAAAGAAAGAAAGGUUCCCAAAAAAGAAGAUGAAGAAGAAUCUUAAACCAGGUCAACGCAAUAAACAUCACAAGGAAAACAAGAAAGCCUCUAAAAAAAUGGAAAUCACGAAAAAUAAGGAUGAAAUACAAGCAAAAAGGAAGAGAAAGAAUGAUGAAAAACAAAAGGGGGACCAUGACAAAAAAGAGACUGGAAAUGUAAAAAAGAAUGUGAAGAAAUGUCCCCCUAUAAAAAAGAAGUGCGUCAAGGUCGGAGGAGUCUGCAAAAAAUGGGGCAAGUGCAAGGGAAACGUGAUUCCCGGCAAAUGUGGCAAGAGCAAGACGUGCGAAUGUUGUGUCAAAAAAGGGUGCGGAUCUAGUUCCACGAAAAAAUGCAAAAAGAAAGGAGGGAAGUGCAAGAAGAAAUGUAACAAGAAGGAAGCACAGGUCAAGAAUGGAUGCAAAAUGAAAAAGUGCAAAUGUUGUGCCAAGUGUCCCAAGAUAUGCAAAUACGGACUCGGCCACUGCGUUGCCAAAAAGCGACAUUGUCAUCAUGGUUUGAUCUUCGGCAAAUGUCACCAUAG